AUGUCGUCUGCUUACUCGGGGUUUAAAAACGACACAAAGUCAACUGAAAGUGUUCUCAUGAAUAGUUUAAAUAGUAGUGAUUUGCCCUUGUCAAUUCAAGGCGCUAAUCAUUUCUCUAAACAUUUCACUGAUGAUCAAGUAUUGGUGUCGAGUGUAGGAAAUUUGGAGGAAUUUUUAACGGAAUUUGAAAACAAUCAAAUAAAAUCAAUAGAGAAUUAUUUGGAGCAAUCUAGUCUUGGUAUCCAUAGCAACCAACUAACUGCAUUAGAUAAUUUUGAAAUUUUGAACACAGAAGAUGUUUGGCCUACUGGGACUAUUUUCACACCCGAACUUAACAGUAUUACACAUUCCAUUGAUGUCCCCGUCAGUUCAACACCUUUGAAUAUGGAUACAAAUGAUUUCCGUGCUGAAACAUUUGAAGUAAAACAUACCGGUCAAAUCUCAAAUUUCAAUACUCAAAGGCUGCUUGAGCCUAGUGAAUGGAGGGCAGACAUAUUCCCUUCUGUGGCUUAUGACGAGGCUUUAUUUAGUGCCUUCUCUGUUUCCAAUACAUUGGAAUUUGAUUAUGGUAUUUACAAUAUGGAGAGUGCAAACAUUCAAUCAAAAGAAAAAGAGUUCUCUAGUUCAAUUUCUGGUGUCAGCCCAAUGGAAAGUGACUUUGAUAUGUUACUCCUUUCAAGUUUUCAAGUCAUUCCUUCAUCAUCUCUAAUAGGCCUACAUUCCAUGCAAAGUUUUUCAUCAGAAAGAAGUGAAGCCAUAUGGUCACAAACAGAAAUCAUUCCCUCAAGUCAGGAUUUUUUUAUGUCUUUUCCAUCUGAAAGUUACUCUCCCAGCAGCAGUCAAAUCAUUCCAUCAGAAGUUUAUAAUUCAAGCUCUAUACCAAGGGAAAUAACUCUAGAAAGUAGCUCAGUUGGUGCACUAAAUGAAAUGUCUUCUCAUAGUGACAUUCUCAUAUACCCUAUAACAUCAUUAACAGCCAAUGAUACAUCAUCAUUGCUUCUUACAUCAUCCUUGCCUGAUAUGCUACCUACAACUGAUAUACCAACAACUACAAUGGCUAUGCCAACUACUGCAACUGAUAUGGAAACAACUGCAACUGAUAUGGCAACAACUACAACGGCUAUACCAACUACACCAACUGCUACUACCAUAACCACUACCACAGGCAAAGUUGUCUUCAAAGAUUGUCGAUUUUUAUUCACAUUUUCUGGAGACUGCCAUUUGAUUAUAAAUAAUACUUUAUAUUUGGCAGAAUUUAUCGAAGGUUUAAGAAAAACGCUUGUGGAAACUUUACACAUUUCAAAUGACAGAAUGAAACCUCAUGAUAUUUCUUGUGGCUCCAUUAAAAUUUAUGUCACAUUCAAAAAUGUUUCUUAUCCAGAAUUCAAACGAAGAAUAGAAUACGUUGUGGAGGGAAGAAACUUUAUUGUACCUACUUACAUUGAAAAUGUUGUGGUCACAUUUACAGCUCUGUCAGUAGAGGAAGUGGCAUUACCACCUGGCGAUGUGGAUAGCUCGGAUUUACCACAACGUGGUAUUGAUAAUAUUGAUAUUAUUGUGAUUAUAGUGGCAUGUUGUGUUUGUGGUAUUUUAAUCGUGAUAGGAAUUACAGUAUGUGUUAAAGAAUGUUACAAGAGAAAACAUGCUCAAUCAUUUGAUCUGUUGGACAUGCCCCAUGUGAACUUAAAACUGGAAGAUUUCACUCUAACGAGAAUCCCCAGACCUAAAACAAAUUAUAAUACCGAUAAUGUGACAGCAAACCCUUAUACCGAUCGCUACAAUCAACAAACUAAGAAAGAAAAUGGUCAGCAAGUUUCAAAUGGAAAUCACAUAGACUUGAAAGAUGUUCAUGUAAGAAUGCAGCCAUUGAAAAAUGAAGGAAUAAUAGUUGGUGUGACAGGAUAUGCUUCUGCUAAUGGUGCACCACGCAAGAAAAAACGUGCACCUUCAGCUUCAUCAAGGCAAUCUCAUGAGGAUCAUUUACGUGGAGAUCCUUCCACUGAAAGUCUGGUUCCUGAAACCAAUUCCUCAAGCAUGGGAGCAUCAAAUCCAAUCUUUGUUGAUGAUGAACAAGGCUCUACUUCUACUUUAGAUGUCAAUCGAUCUUACCAUUCCUGA